UGCUAGAAGUGGCUCACAACACGCACACGGACAUCUUGUCAGCUCAGACAAACUGAAAGAGAAGUGUACACACAUAAGGGUUUAAAGUCAACGACAGGGAUCAGGGCCUGUCUGUAUUCACACGUCUUAUUGACAUAUCAUUAAACGUUUACGUUUUUAGACAUUGAAAGUUUUGACGACAUUAAUGUCAGGCUUUUAGCUAGGCAGCUGGCUGGCUCUCGGGGUUAGCUCACAUAUUGAGAAAAAGAGAGAUAUACAGGGCGCUAGUUAUUGAAGAGCAACUACACCCAGUGCGAAGAUGGCGCUUAAACGAAUCCAAAAGGAAUUAACUGAUUUGGCACGUGAUCCUCCUGCACAAUGUUCAGCAGGUCCAGUGGGGGAUGAUGUGUUCCAUUGGCAGGCAACAAUCAUGGGGCCUAAUGAAAGUCCAUAUCAGGGUGGUGUGUUUUUCCUAACCAUACACUUCCCAACAGAUUACCCUUUUAAACCACCUAAGGUUGCAUUUACUACAAGAAUCUACCAUCCCAACAUUAACAGUAAUGGCAGCAUCUGUCUGGAUAUCCUCAGGUCCCAGUGGUCACCUGCACUUACAAUUUCUAAAGUUCUCUUGUCCAUCUGCUCACUGUUAUGUGACCCCAAUCCAGAUGACCCUCUUGUGCCAGAGAUUGCCCGAAUCUAUAAAACAGAUACAGAGAAGUAUAAUAGAAUGGCAAAGGAAUGGACAGAGAAAUAUGCCAUGCUGUAGGUGAAGCAAAACUCUGCAGUGUGAACAUUAGAGAUACAACAGAAUAGCGCGGGAAUGGACUCAGAAAUAUGCCAUGUGAUGUUGCCUGGACACAUUUAUAAACUGUUUGUUCUCUCAUGUUUUGGACACUGUUGCAAGACCAUAUUUUCCCAUCUGUCUCUUAUGGAGGCACAAACCCAGUUUUCUGCUCAAACAGGAAUGCAGGCCUGCUCCUGGCCUUUCCAUACUUCAAAGUCUCGAGAGAGGCUCCAUCAGUUCAAUGGAAACUCUUUUCCCACUCGGCUCUGAAUCUCUUCGAUCGCUCUACCAAUCAAGUCCUCUCACUCCACAACACACGCCAUGCCUGUAUGAUCACAGUGUGUUCUCUCUGGGACUUGCGGAGAGAAUGGCUGUUUUGCUUCAAUGGGGUCUUACUCCUGACGUGCAUGCUAUCGCAGGAGAAAAGACCAGAUGUUGUACAUCGGUGGGAGUUUGGGACCGAUUACUAUAUUCUGUUGAUUGUAAAGAUUUGCAGCACUCAGAUCAGCUUUCGGCCCAACCUUUCACAGCUGUGGCACAAAAAUACAACUCAGUCGAUUGGCUUAAAUGUCUAUUUAAAGUCCCGCCACAUUUUACCCCUCAAUAAAGAUGAAUAAC